UAGAGCCAUUCCACAACAUUGCGCAAGUCAUGGUCCUUUCAUCCUAGGCAUGACGCUGCCAGAUGGUUCUGUGUGCGUUCAGGUCUUCAAUUAGCAGUGAUCACAACAAGGACCCUCAUUUUCCGUGGACCAGACUCCUAGAGCUUUAUACCCUUCAAAGAUCGCUGGCUUAUGAAUUGAUGAUAUCGUCGACUUCCUAUCGCUUCUGAUAUGGCAGUAUUGAAUUGGGAUGAGCUGCGAUUCGCUCAUUACAAUCCAGGGCAGUCAGUAGCUAUAUCAUCUGGUGUUUUACUCUUCAUUUACAUUAUUGCAAAUGCUAUAUACCGAUUAUACUUCCAUCCACUGGCACGCUUUCCUGGGCCACUUUUCGCACGAUUGACUCCGAUUCCGGCCACAUGGAGUCUACUUCGCGGUCGCAUACCCUUCUACGUCAAAGCCUGCCACGAUAAAUACGGUCCCAUCGUGCGGAUAGCGCCCAACGAGCUCUGUUUUGACAAUGAGUCUGCAUGGAAAGACAUCUAUGGCUCACGCGGGCUGGGCCACAAGAACUUUCAGAAAGACCCGAUCCAUGUAGGAUCGAUCGCAGCAGUUCACGGCGCGUCGACAAUCACUAUGGCGGGCGAUGAUGAUCAUGCUCGCCAACGGAGGGCCUUGUCACACGCGUUCUCCACCAAAGCACUACUUGAGCAGGAGUCGAUCGUCAUGAAAUAUAUCGAGACCUUCUCCCAGAAGAUGCAAGAAUUCGCUCGUGGGGACGGAAUUGUUGAUGUUACUGAUUGGUUUGCCUACACGACUUUCGAUGUCAUCGGUGAGCUGGCGCUUGGAGAGCCGUUCGGAUGCCUGCACAAUGAGGACUUCAGAUUCUGGGUACCUCUCAUUAGCGAGUCCAUCAAGGCAGGCGCUAUCGAGCAAGCCACUCGCCGCGUCAGUCAGACUGGCAGCCCACUUCAACGCUUCCUACAGUGGUGUAUACCGUCUCAUGUCGCCGAGAGCCGCAAGCAGCAUUUGGACUACAGCAAGGAGAAGAUCCUGAAACGAAUGGAAACGAAAACAGAUAAUCGCGACUUUCUGCACUACGUGAUGAAGCAGCAGGACAAAGGCGACCUCAACCUCGGUGAAGUCAUCGUCAACGGCGCAUUGUUCAUCAUCGCCGGCACCGAAACUACCGCUGGCUUCCUAACCGGUCUCUUCAAUCUCAUUACCCGAGCAGAGAACAAGCACAUCCUGGAUAAACUAACCGCAGAAAUCCGCUCUUCAUUCCAGUCCGAGGACGAGCUUCAUUUCGAGGACCUUGCGAAGCUGCCAUAUAUGACGGCUGUAAUUGAAGAAGGUCUGCGGAUGUUCCCCUCUGCACCUAUUGGAUUCGUCCGCACGGUUCCCGAAGGUGGCGACACUGUUUCCGGCGAGUUCAUUCCUGGUGGCACUACGGUGUCUGUCUGCAUGUGGGCAGCUACCAAGUCGGAAAGAAACUUUCAGGAUCCCUAUGUCUUCCGCCCGGAGCGCUGGCUAGACCGAGAGAACAAUCAGACGGAUAAGCUCAGUGCUAGCAACCCUUUCUCCUUAGGACCGAGAGGGUGCAUAGGAAGAAACCUGUCGUACAUGGAGAUGAGGUUGAUAAUUGCCAAAUUGCUCUGGCAUCACGAUGUGGAGAUGUAUGGUAGCAACGAGGUCUGGAACCCCAAAAAUGAAUACGAGAACAUGUUUGUAUACAACAAUUGGUUGAAGCCAGGCUUGAAGCUGAAGUUGACACCAAGGAGAAUCUGA